GCGCCUGCGCGUUUAAAAGUCGGAAAUCCAACGAACCCACCCCAAAACUUUUGAGAUAACUCUGUUUUUAGCCAGCUCAAGCUGCAGUUUUGCACAAAUAGUUAAUAAAGAACAGAGAUCUAAUCAUGUCUACCUAUCCCAGUGCUUCCGCUUCCCAGUCGACAGGAACCUCUGACCUGGACACGGAGUCCGUGGAAGUCCUGCGGGAGCGUCUGAGCACCAUGAAGCGGCUGAUGGCCGAGCGAACGUCCCAGCAGCAGAACAACCCCGCGACCACGGAGGAGAUAUUCUCCACCAAGCGCCACCGCUCCGCGGGCAUCAUCGAUGGAAACUUCCUGAGCAUCGCGUUCGGAGGAGCUCUGCUGGUGAUCAUCACGGUCUCGGUGUACGCGUUCUACAAUCUCUACCAUGCCAUACUCAAGAAGUUCCCUUCGCGCCACGAGGAGCUGUAAACGAUGCCAAAUUCGAUGGGUUUUCCACUUACACAUAUGUACGAGUUUCUGCAUUUAAUAAAUUGUAGCAUGAAUUUUACUAUCAAGAA